UAAUGGCUGUUGCGUCUACGGAGACAUCGGCGACGGCGUCGACGACGGCGGAUGGUACCGUGGUCAACGUCACCUUCGGCGAUUUCCCGGCUUUGUACUCGUUCGAGAAAACGGAAAGAACCGUCAAUUUAACCAUUCUCGCUUACGAAGGAACGAGCACGGUAACUUUACAGUUUGAUACCACGAACCCGCGGGUAUUUCAAAUCGUCAAUCAGAGUUCAACCUACAUUGAAUUGUCCCCGAAUGGAGAUUACCCGACGAGCUUCACGUUCUUCAUUCGAGGCAUUGCACUGGGAAUCGAAGACCUUCUGGUGGUGAUGGGCAAGAAUGGUUCGAGGUCGGUUGUGCACUCGAUGCCGGUGAAGGUUAACUUGCAACCGAAAGCGAUCUUGAUCGUGGUGAAAUAUGUGAUGUUGUUCUGUGUCAUCGUCGGAUUCGUCAACAUGGGAGGGACGAUCGACCUCAAAUUGAUCUGGCAAAAGUUACGCCGGCCUUGGGGAGUACUUAUCGGCAUCUUGUGUCAGUUCCUGAUCAUGCCCCCUCUCGCGUUCGGACUAGCGAAGCUGCUGAAGCUCGACCCGCCCUCCGCGGUCGGACUUGUCCUCGACGGAUCUUGCCCCGGUGGUCACCUCAGCAACCUUAUCAGCGUCAUGCUCGACGUCGAUUACGUAUUGAGCCUGACGAUGACUUCGUGCUCGAACAUCCUUGCUAUGGGGAUGAUGCCGCUAAACCUCUUCAUCUACACGCCGCCCUUUACAGAAGGCAAUGCCCAGUUGGAAACGCCCUUCAUGGAGAUCGGCAUCCAGCUCAUUCUCCUCUUCAUCCCCAUCUCAAUCGGGAUGUUCAUUAAAUAUAAAUCCCCUCGGAUUAACCGCAUUUGCGAGAAGCUCCUCAAACCUCUCUCCGCUUUCAUCCUUGCCCUGAUGCUCGCCACUAGCCUCCCGUUCCAACUCUUCAUCUUCGAUGCUCCUCGCGAGACCUACAUAGCUGCUUUUCUCCUCCCUCUUUGCGGAGGACUACUCGGCUUGUCCAUCUCCAAAAUGGCUUGUCUCCCUGUUCAAUCAAUGGUCACCAUCGCUUUGGAAACGGGCGUUCAGAAUGCCAUUCUCGCCACCACCAUCAUCGCCUUCUUCUACCCACACCCCGAAUCCGAGAUCGCAUCCCGGGCACCGUACCUCAUCCUCCUCAUGACCAUAUUCGAAGGCAUCAUUCUCGUCGUCGUUUACACGUUCGUCAAGACGUUCAUCUGGAAACUGCGCGAGGACGAGGAAGCCAUCGUCGAUGACAAGGGUGUCGAUCCCGACGUCGAUGGAGAUGUUAAUAAGAACGGAACAGUGGUGACGGGCAUGACUAAAAAGUAUUAUCUUAACGAGGUCAACGCAAACGCUAUCGAUGUCGAAGCGACGAAAACGGAAAUGACCCAAGGAUGUCAGACUGACUUUGAUGAAUUCUGUUACACAAAUGCAGAUUUCAGUUUAUAGAAGAUAACCUGAUCAUGCGCACUAAUGCCAAGUCACAACGUCGAUACCGAUUUCAGACCGAUCAAAAUCUAUUACGUCAUUUCCCAUGGCGUUCCAUAGUCCGUUUGGAGUCCGCGAUCGCAUUGGUGUGACUGACCAUGAAGAUGAUAUGCAAAGGAAACAGUAUUCUAGAUAUGAUAGGUGGUAUUUCUGAUAGCCAUGUUUCAGUUGAACCUGCGUCAACGUGG